CGUCCCAAAGCACCGACAUGUGAAUUGCUACACUCCGUGUGUAAACAGAGGGAUUGGAAACACAACACCCGAGCAGAGAAACUCCCACUGGUCCUGGAUCCAGCACAGAGUUGAAUUUAAGGUACUGUAUGGGCCUCUUAGUGUACCUAAAAUCAAAACAAAAACAGGUAAAGAUGCAGUUAGUCACUACGGUACUUUGUUAGGUCUGCAGAAACAAAAGUUCUUUUAAAAAGUAGAAAAAGUAAAGGUCCCAGGAUGGAGCCCUGUGGCAUCCCACAUGUUGUUUCCUCUCCCGUCAUUGGUAGUGAGUCUUUCAGUCAUUUUUUAAAUAUUUCUGAGCUCAUUUGUUUAUUUGAUCGUCUGUUUUUUAACAUGAGGGUGCAUAAAUAUUAAAUGUGUCAUAUUGAAUUUGUGGGGUACAUCGGUUGGACAUUUUUCUGUGCGAGUAAAAUCAAACAUGUAUUUGAAAUUAUCAUUUUGUCUCACUCUUGACCCACAGUAUUUGCUCCAUCAGCAAACUAUUGUAUGCAUCUCUUACAUCAACGGUGCCGGUAUUUUGACAGGAUGCAUGACUCACGUCUCACAUGAAAACUUUACAUUCCCUAGAAAGUUGAUUGCAAUAUUUUGCAGCUGCUGCCGUUUCUUCUUGCAUUCGUGUGUGAAACAAACUCAAAAAAGUUUGAAGAAAACCAGCAGCAUCUGAAGAGAUAAUUUACCCUUAAAGGGAUAUUCCGACGUAAAACUAAUUUAGGGUCAAACACACUGUAACACCGAGUUAGACCCCCCCCUCCAGAGAUGAAUGUUGCCGACCGCUUUCUUCUCUAGUUAUACCAACUUUAGUAACGACCGCAGCCACCAAACAUCUUUUUCGCUUUGACUAAUUUCUUUAGUAAAGAGACUAAACACAACUCACCUACUCUCUUCCAGCAGCCACUUGUUUGUAGUGAGACCUCGGGCCAAUCCAUUACGGACUACAGCGGGGUGACGCAGCUCAAGGAAGAACAUUUAUGAUCAUAAAUGCUACAAACAAGCGGCUGCUGGAAGAGAGUAGGUGAGUUGUGUUUAGUUUCUUUGUUAAAGAAAUCAGUCAAAGUUAAAAAGUUAAGUUGGUAUAACUAGAGAAGCAAGUGGUCGGCAACAUUCAUCUCUCAAGGGGCUGUCUAACUCUGUGUUACGGCGUGUUUGACCCUAAAUUAAUUUUACGCCAGAAUAUCUCUUUAACUUCUUGCAAACUUGGAGUUUAAGCCUACUCGGCACGGCAUCAGAUUUGAAAGCAGCAGAAAGAAAGGGGGCAGGAUGUGAGCUCUAUCUGCUCACAUCCUGCCAGGGGAGGAGAGAAAACAAGAGCGGGCCAGGAAGACACAAGAGGGGUCACACCGCAAAGACAGUCUUAAAUCGCAGCUUCUCAUCGAUUCUCAGCUAUAAUCUGCAUCCUCAACCAUGAUGUUCAUAACAGUUUAAUACCAGCACUGAAGAGUCAAGCAUCUCAGCAUGCUAACUCAAACAUCACACUUGUACCAGAGUAAUCUUAGACCAAGAGUAAGUGGUACUUUCACAGUCGGCUCACUGCUUUUUGUGGGUCAUAUCAGGUUGUAUUAAAGUGCUGGUUUUAAGAAAGGCCUUAUGUGUAGCCUGGAUAACGUGGUGUGGGUCAGGGGCUGCUUUGUGUCUCACUCUUCCCAGAAGAUGUGUUUCUGCUGACUACUUCCUUCCUGUUUCAUCCAAGCAGGGGGAAUUUGCUGACUGGUUCCUUCUCCUUUCACCAGAAAACCGAGCAGAGCUGAGACACUAGGACUCGGGCAGGAUGAGCAGGGAGACAGAAGGAGGGCGUCGUUGAAGGGGUCAUUUCGCCGCAAACUGCUGACCAUCCAGAGAUGCAGUGGGAACACAACAUCCAGGGAGCAGAUCCCCAUUAGUCAGUGUGAAUCCCAGCCAACACAAAUAUUUCUGCGUUUUCUCAGUUUGACGCUUGCUGACCCCGGCGUUGACCUCUAUCGAUGACAACUGUGGCGACCCACCAGAAGCCGCUCCAGUUUGCUCACUUGCAUCUUUGGAGGAAUUCGUCCCCCACCAAAGUUAUAAACAAGCUAGAACUGCUCAGUCAUCACCUGCACAGGCUGCAGCGUUGGAAUAAUGUUAUAACUAGGAUGUGUCUGUACGUUCAGGUUAAAGAGCCCCCUUCCUCAGCGAGGCAGAUGUGCCCCCAGGUCCCUCACCUCUCUGAUAGUCUGCCCCUCUCUCACCAUGCCCUCCUCCACAGGGGGGACUUCCUGACAUUGUUCUCUGCUAUGUGUUAACUGUUUUUACGGUUUCUGCACCGUCUCUGCCAGCCGUAUACACACAUACAGGAUCGUUCAAGGUAAACCUCAGAGGAAACUCACAAACACGGAGCAAACACGGAGCAAACACAGCCCAGACCUUGUGAUUACACUGUCUGCUUGACUUUUAUUUGGAAAAUCUAGAUUGUUUACUUGUUGUUUCUACUCAGGAAUCCAAAUUAUUUGAGCUGUUUCACCUCAUGAACCAACACUAUCUAAACCUGCACACUGAUUUUGAUGGUUUGAACCCUGUGUUAAAUGGAAAAUGGUGCAAAGACAUCAUAUCAAACACUGAAACUUGAAAAAAGUACUGUUUAUAUGAUCUAUAUGCUCAUUUGCAACCUCCUCUUUAACAAUCUUAACUUACACAGGACUUCAGCUGCUCAACAGUCAUUUGUGGUGGUCUACAAGGCCAGAUAAGCACUAGGACUCUUCUACUACAGAGCCACACUUUUGUAAAAUGUGCAAAACAUAUCUGACGCUGUCUUGCAGGAAUAUCCAAGGUCUUCCCUGAAUGGAAGUAUGUUGAGAACAUCUCGUUUAUGCGUUUUUAACACAACACAAAAACCAAACUGAAUCCUCACCAAACAUAAGACAGGUUUUCCGAGACACUGACUAUGAAAUAAUAGUUCUUUGGAAUAAAUCAUGUGAUUUUUUUGGGCUGUUUUUGCUUCGGUGAGUUUCUAUUGAGGUCACUGAAUAGAAAUUCUUGGAAGCACUUGUCUUACUCAACAUAUUUCUUCCCCGAAAACAAUUAAGUGACUUCCCCAUUUUCACUGUCCCCCAUUUCAAUCCUUCGGAUUUGUUUCCAACUUCCACAAGACACUGAGGAUGUCCUGUUAGAUCUGUACGUUUGUGUGUGUGUGUGUGUGUGUGUGUGUGUGUGUGUGUGUGUAUGUGUGUGUGUGUGUUUUAAUGAGAAAUGGGAGGGUACAAACCCCUGGCUGCUUGAUUGCUCAGAUAGCCCUGGACAUCAGAGCUGGAAGGAGUGAUCCGGUGUCUGCGACCUUCAUAGAGAAACUCUCCAGACUUCAAGAAGGCCUCAGAGGGGACGAGCCCUCUUCUUCUACACUCCACUCACCAUCACAACAAGGUACUGAGGAGCCUUAUUAUACAUUUAUGUGACAGUUAGAGCCUGUUUUCACCCUACAUUUAUACAGAAAACAGGUGUUUGAUGGGUGCUGAUGCUUAUGAAAAUUAUUGGUGUUUCAAAACUAACUUUUGUGAAGUCUGAUAAACUGUCUCAUGUGAUGCCACUUCAGUCAACAAAGGCUAAGAACUUAAAAUUACAAAAAAAUGUCUGGAUUUGUAAAAACAUACAGCUGUUAUACCAGCUCUGUACAAGCUGUCAUAUGUUAAAAUGCAAAGGCCUUAAUGCAACAGUUAGUUUAACUAAGCUGACUCAAGGUUCAUCUCAGUCAGCAAAGUGUAACGUCCAGGCAUUUUUAUUAAUUUUAUUAUUUAAAUAUAAUAUUUAAACACAAAAAUUUACAGUCAGACAAGGAAACAUCAGAACAAAAUACAAGAAAAUAUGAAAAAAAGUAACAAAAAACAACAAUGAGAUAAGAAAGUGUAAAAGAGAAAAUAGUGAUGGACUUAAUUUUAAAAAGGAUUUUAAAAGAUCUGAUAUUUGGUUGUUUUGGUUACAAAAAAGUCUGCUUUGUAAAAAACAUAGUUAUUAUAAUAGCUCUGUAUAAACUGUCAACAUGCAAAGGCCUUAAUGCAACAGUUAGUUGAACUAAGCUGACUCGAGAUUCAUCUCAGUCAGCAAAGUGUAACGUCUGGGCAUUUUUCUUAAUUUUGUGUUCAAUAUUUAAAUAAAAAAUUACAGUCAGACAAUUUAACAUCAGAACAAAAUACGAGAAAAUAUCAAAAAGGUAACAAAAAACAACAAUUAGAUAAGAAAGUGUAAAAAGGAAAAUAGUGACGGACUUAAUUUUGAAAAGGAUUUUAAAAUAUCAAAGAUACUUGGUUGUUAGCUAACACAAGCAACUAAAAAUAACAUUCAAAUUCAUUAUGAAACAUUUUAUCUUUAAUAUUAAACACAUUUUUGGUUUUACAUAAAACAUUAUUUCCAAAUGAAGACAAGACAAGUAUAAAAUAAACGAAAUAAUAAAAAGCAAAACGUCCAAACUUACCCAUAUUUGGUCGCAGAUGUGACGCCCUCUCCAUUCAGCUAAUCAGUGAGUAAGCUAACCGUCAAGCUAACGUCAAGCUAACCGUCCGUUUAAAUAACCGCCAUUAACCACCGACUCGCGAGUUAGCUAACAGUACAUAUAUUAUGACUAAGCAUUAUGGUAAGCUAAUAAUUAAUCACAGUUUUAAAUAACAACAGUGACAUCCAGUGGAGAAAUCGUCGAGUGCAACAUAUUGCAAUAUGGCGGGUCCAUCUAUCUAUCUAUCUAUCCCUGUCUUUUUUGUUCUUUGUUUCACUUCCGUAGUCACUGACUCUGUCUUAUUUCAUUCCUUUCUAUAAAUUGACUAAAAAGGUAAAAACAACAACAAAAUACAGGCCUUUAAAAAAGGUAUCUUUAUUUAUAUUACUUGGACUUUCUUGUUUUUUUUUAAUAUAACCAUCCAUUGUUGGGUCAAUAGUGUUGUUUACAGCUCUUUAAAUAUGAAAAAAGUCCAAAUUCUGUAGAAGAAUUUUAAUCUGGCCCUUACAGCAACCUAAAGAGACUCAUGUUUACUUUAUGAGCUGCUUGUUGAAGGUGUUUUUUAUGUCUUUCUAAUAACUUGCUGUUCUUGUAGUAAACACCUCCAAAAUCAUUUAGGAAACACUUUCCCAGCAUGUCUCCCACCCUCCGCCCCUCCUGUGCUUUUGUUACACAAGGUCUGAAAACAUAAUCAGAUUAACCCCAAAGUAAAUCUGAACCCAGUCCAGAUAUGAAACUGUUUCCUUCUACUUCUCACUCCAGACCAUGAGCGCCGAGGAGUUCAACCACUCGUUUUUCAACGCGAACCACACGCCAUGGUUUGUCUACGAUUGCACCAUUGUGCUCGACGCAGACUACCGGCGCAUCGCCCUCUUCCUGAUCUACCUCUUCGUCUUCAUGGUGGGGCUGCUGGAGAACGGCCUGGUCGUGUGGGUGAACUGGCGCAGACGCCACUCAGCCAAUGGCGUCCUUUUCUGCAUCAUCAACGUGAGCCUGUCGGACCUGAUGGUGAUCGUGAUCCUGCCGUUCUUCAUGAUGGAGGUGACAAUGGACAAGGUUUGGCUGUGGGGACGCUUCCUCUGCAAGGUCACCAAUCUCAUCUACGUGGUUAACUUCUACAGCAGCUCCUUCUUCCUGGCCUUCAUGACCUUGGAGCGGUACCUUUCCCUGACCAGACCAACGUUUCCAGCCCUCUUCCCUGUGGUUGGAAAGCGCCGCUGGGUUCUCUGUGGAGGCCUGUGGAUAUUAUCCUUUUUCCUGGCUCUGAUGGAGAACAUCCACGUAGAUAUUCUGGAGUGGGAUGAGCCGGGUUGCUAUAUGAUGCCCGAGUACAGCUUCAGGGAGUGGUUCAUCAGUGUGGCCUUCCUGUGUCUCAUCUUCCAGUUUCUGGUUCCUGCUGCUGUCAUCAUCACCUGCAACGUGCUGAUCGCUCGUGCAGUUCAGACAGCACCAGAUGUUCAGGGUCGCCGCGACGUGUGGCUGGUCCACGUCUACUCCCUGGUGUUUAUCAUGUGCUGGCUUCCAUACCACCUGGUCAUGUUCCUGAUGAUCAUAGACGACAUAGACGGAAUGCUGUUUAGCUGCAACGCAAUAGAAGCCCUCUACUUCUCCUUCAGCGUGGUGCAGGGUAUUUCUCUCUUCCACUGCGUUGCCAAUCCCAUCCUCUACAACUUCCUCAGCAAGAGCUUCCGUGACAACCUCAUCAACACAGUGGUGAGCUAUAUACCCAGAGAGGAAACUUUGAACCAAGUGGGAGCAGGGCCUAACGCUCCAAACGGAGGCGGUGGAGGAGAGCCAGGGAAGCACCGCAAGUUAAGUAACGCCAGCACCAGCCAGUCUGACGUGGGAUCAUAAAAGACAGACUGAAAUUUAGCUUCAAGAGUGAGAAGGAUCUGACAGAACUGACUCCAGAUUUGGAGCCUCAGGAUCGGAUCAGGAUCAUGAGUGAAACAAAGACAUCUUCAUGUAAACAUCAGAAUCUCAAGAAAAAGCAGCAAGUACUUUGGCAUGGACAUGAUCUUGCAAGUGAAUUUAGCCUACUGUGUUGCCAUCAGGGACGUUGUUAUGAUUUACCUGCUCAAACUGCUUCUCAGAAUCCUCCGCCAGAUUAUCAAGAGCUCCACAGGAUUCAUUUCUUAACCCUUUCAUGUAUGAAUUAUGAAAUAUCACAGCAAUUCUCUUCAUAGUUACUUUUUACUUCUAUUUUGAUCAACAUACAAAAGUUUGCACAAAGGUGGACAUCAUUCAACACUUUAUAAAUUGUAUUUCAUUGUGUAGAGAUAAAGCGUGUGAAGAUGGGAAUACUAAAUUGAAAUGCUCCCAUGCUCAACCCUUGGCUUGGUGAAGUGACGGUGGCCCUUAAGGAAAAGAAGCUCCUGAGUUUUUACCAUCAAUAAUGUCCAACAUUAUGAAUUAUUUUGCGCACAACAAACUCUCUUCUUCUUCUUCUUCUUUGUCCUUUCACUGCUCCUGUAGAAACAUGGCUGGCCUCAGUGGAAGAGGGACCAACUCUCUCUAUUCUGAGUGAAAGAAAACAAAAUCAGCCGACUGAAACAACAAGCAUUUUCAAGAACAGGAGUAAACAUUCACUGCAACUGAAAUCUAGCCAACAAUGCAUGACUUCUGAUGUAGCAGAGAGGUGAUUUCUUUCUAUAUAAAAUCAGUUAUAUCAAUCCACUAAUAAUAGCUGGCCAGUAGGUGGCAGUGUCAGGGCGACUUUGUAACAUCCAGUAAAAGGUUGAUCAUCAAAAUCUCUGCUUAUCUGGUAGAAAUCAGCCUUUGGAUAGCUGGUUUCUUCUCUUCAUGACUGAUCUCUUUGUUUGUCUGUCUUCUUCUUAAUCACGAGGAAAGACGUUUGAUUCCUUUUCCCGUUUAAGCUCUUUCCAGUAAUUUAUUUGUGGUUUGUGUGUCACUCUUGAGUGUCGGAGCUUUUCCAAACCACUUACGACAAGCUGGGCGAAUACCAUUGUUUGAUUAAUACCACCGGCAUAAGUCGUUCCAUCUCAAUCUGCUUUGAGACUCGUUGUGACGUAUGUUAUGUAAGAGACGGGCUCAACAUCACCUUCCUUUAAUAAUCCCCUUCCUGUUGUUUCCAUAUCUGAUCACAGUUUUGAGGAGAGGAGGGCAGGAAAUAUCUGAUGUAUGUUCCUUGUUGCUGCUGAACUCCCGCAGGAACUCAUGGCAGCGUUGUGUGUUAACAGAUAUACAGUAUUUGCAGAGUGUGUAGUGUCAGGAAAGAGCGCGCCUUACUGCUUCUGUGUGAGUAUCUUGCAAAUGUGAAAACUCUGAUUAUGUUUGGUGAUUUCAUGACAAAUCUUACAGAUAAAUCACAUCUUAGGUUACUUAAUUCUCAUUUAUCUGAUUCUGGAUGCUGCUGUCUUCUGUAUGUGCACUCACAAUGCAAUAAAACUCCAUUAAACACUGUUUUCAUGUGUUAAAACUUGA